AUGAAGUGCUUUCUCUCACUCGCUGUACUCCUGGCUCCUUUCCAGUUCAUCGCGGCGAAACCGCAAUUCGUCAAGCGUGCCUCGGUCAACGAUGUCGCUACCCUGGGUUAUGCCUCUCUCAAUGGAGGGACCACCGGUGGAUCUGGAGGAGCGACGACUACCGUCACCACACUCGAUGCACUCACAUCCGCUGUAGCGGGCAACGCGAAGAAGGUCGUCGUCAUAUCUGGUACUAUCACCGGUGAUGAUGUUGUGAAGGUUGGUUCGAACACGACCGUCUUGGGGGAAUCUGGCGCUUUGUUACAGGGCGUUGGACUCCGUGUCCUGGAAGAGUCCAACGUCAUAAUUCGUAACAUUGCGAUCUCGAAGGUUCUGGCCUCUGCUGGAGACGCCAUCGGCAUUCAGCAAGCAUCACAGGUCUGGGUCGAUCAUGUUGACCUGUCCAGUGACAUGGAUCACGACAAGGACUUCUACGAUGGUCUCCUAGACAUCACGCACGGCUGCACGGGCGUCACCGUCACCAACUCGAAAUUGCACGACCAUUGGAAGGCAUCCCUCAUCGGUCACUCUGACAAUAACGGACCACAGGACGUUGCCAUCACCGUCACGCUUGCGAAUAAUUGGUGGACGAACUUGAAUUCGAGGACGCCAUCUUUGAGGUUUGGUCAUGGUCACAUCUUCAACAACUAUUUCGACGCGAACAAUGAUGGGAUUAACACCAGAGAUGGCGCUCAGGUGUUAGUCGAGAACAACGUCUUUGAGGAUACGAAAGACCCGCUCUAUUCGACCGAUUCCGGAAACGCUGUCUCUGUGAACAAUGACUUUGGCGGUGGAGAAGAUACGGCGCCGCAGGGUAACUUUACGACUGCUCCGUACACCUACAGUUUGAUUGAGACGGAUAGCGUUAAGGCUUCUGUUACGAGUACUGCUGGUGCCAAUCUUUCUUUCUGAGCACCCGGUGCCGUGGACAACGUAGGUGGCUGUGGUUGUGCCGAUUCGGUUGGCGUGCGCGUUAUGGAAGAUGAGGAAGACGAGGGGAUUGCCAUGGACGGUGGCAUUGCGUUCCUGAGUUUCGUUUCGCGAAGGAGGACGGGUUUUCUCUGUGGGUUUUUUGGUCAGUCUGCCAUGUAAUU